UUUCAGGGGUGUACAGGUGGGGUGUUGAAGAUGUCCAUUUCCGCUUUUUUUAAGGGAUGUUAUUUAAAGGAAUGAACACAGGACAUUUUUCGAUUUUUGCGGCGGAGGCAAAUGCUACCGCAACGACAAGCAAUUAUUCAUUGUGGAAAGUGUUAACAUUGAAUGGCGAAGACAUCUCGUCUUUCUGGGAAAUGUUUCUUGGGAUUACACUAUGGAUGGUCAUUUCAUAUGUAUUUGUUUAUAUUGUUGUUGCAUUGAUUUCAAUGAUUAUGUUACGAAAUCAUCCAUGGAUGUUUAUUUAUGCAGCUUCUAUAUUUGGGAUGGCAAUAUUAGGCCCAGCAACUGUUGGUGCGUUAACAAGUGCUUCGAUAGCACUGAUGUUUACGUCGGCUGAUAAAGCAAUUAGUUGCUGGCACUGCAUGAUGCUUGGUUCAGCACAAACACUUGCCGUCGUGAUUAUCAGUUUCUCAAGGAUAUUAGCUACUCUCUAAUCACUUCUUUUUUUUGCGGAAUCGACGAUGUAUAAAUAUGAAUUUGUGUGGUCAGUUUGUGAUGUGUUGCUGUUUUGGCUGCGGAUACAGCGUCCUGUUUUCUGAUUUGAGAAAGGUUUUACGUCCUGCAUUUGAAAUGCUGAAAUUUCUAGUAGGCAGUCAAAUCUUUCUCAUGCAACUUUAUAUAAAGAUUUCACUCACAUUCGUGGUGGCUCAUUUUUGGAUUUUUUGGAAUUCCAGAAUUGAUAUUUCUUCUGAAUUUUUUUUCGUUUUCAUUUCCUUGGAGCGGAGAUAAGUUACUUGGGGAAAAUAUGAUUCAGUCGAUGAAACCUAGUAAAAUCAUCUAGUAGUUCAUGUCUUCCAUCAUUGUUUGAACGGGGAACUGCAUCGUUCAUGUGGACCUGGAUUAUAUUAUUGUACUUGAUGAUGAGUUUCAAUUCUUUUUUUCCAUUAUCAUUGCUAAUUUUCUCUCACGUUUUUUCGUAUCCACUAUAGUUCCUGCUGUUGUGCUUAAAAACCACUUUUUCUUGUUUUUACGACAUUGUUGCUCAUUUUAAAGAUAGUUUUCCGAAUUAUGAGAAGAAGUGCAAAGUUGAAUGUUUCAUUCAAUUUUGCAUUUCCGAACAUUCUCCAAUUAAAGCAAAGCAAAAUAUCCUUUGUUAGAUUUAUGAAAAAG